GUGCUUUUCACCCGCCGUAGAAAUUUUUAGCUCCCGUCCCACCCCUCCAAUUCGUCGCGCGCAUCCCGUGUCCGUCUCCCCAGGCCGAAAGCCACUUCCGGCCGGCGUGUCUUUUUACAUUCGCACCUGUGAAGCUGAUUUAAGCGAGUUGUCUAUCCAAUCGAUCCGAUCCUUGGUGUAAUUCCCACUGGCCGACUGCCGACGAUUACACACAUACACCUCCGACCAUCCCCCGGGAUAAUCGCCAUGAUCUGCCGAACGUGUUUGCGCCGGGCUUCCGGCUUCGCCAGACCUGCCGCCGCCGCGGCCACCAGGCCCAUGGUUGCCGCUAGUUCGCGCGCCGCCUUCAGUACCACUUUCAGCGUGUGCACUCCUCCCGCAGCGACCCCCGCCGCCGCCGCACCAGCAACUUCCACAGCCGAGGCCGGCCUCGCACCAGUACCAGGCGCCGCGACGACAGAACAAGCCAAGGCGGCCAUCUCGUCUUGCCCGGCGGGCACCAAGCUUAACGGUCUCAACUACUUCAAGAACAAGGCGGAUCCCGUGGCACUGCCAGACGAGGAGUACCCAGAGUGGCUCUGGAGGUGCUUGGAGGUGCAGAAGAAGACGGACGAUGCUGCUGAUGCGGACGCUGGUGAUGAGUUCUCCAAAUCCAAGAAACAGCGUCGCCUAGCCAUGAAGCGCGCGCGCGCCCAAGAGGCCAAGAUCCUGGCUUCCGGCGACCUCGAGGCCCUGGCACCCAAGAUCCCGCUACAGAAGCAGUCGGUCAACCUCCCCGGAGCUGUGAACGGCGGCGUGCAGGAUGCCGUGCUGGCGGACGAGAAGCGGGAGGAGCUGCGCAAGGCGAUGCGCAAGGAGCGCAAGGCCAAGAUUAAGGAGAGUAACUACCUCAAGGCUAUGUAAGCAUGAGGGGUGGUGGUGGUUCGAGAGGCAGAGGCCCGAGGGAGGACGAGGACGAAACAUGGGAGGAGAUGGGUGGGAAGGAAGAAAAAGAAGAGGGGGAGCACGUGAAGGGAGAGAAGGAGGGACGGCUAGAGCAGCAGCAGCAGCAGCAGCAGCAGCAGCAGCCGAGUUGAUGUGGUGGGCUCGUAUGUGUACUAACAUCCAACCGUCCAAGAACGACUUCAUGGUAUGGCUACCUACGGGCACGAAAGCGGACAUGGACAUGGGGGAAUUGUCCUGAAUGUAAGAAAACUAUAUACGGCUUCAGGAGGGUGAAGGGCCUGAGAGCCCUGGAGUGGACAGCCAGAGAGCCAUUUGCUAUGGUUAGAUCCAAAAACGAUUCUGUACAAAUACAUGUGAUUCAGUUAGUAACCAUAAAUUAUUGAAUGUUUGGACAACAGGUCAG